CUGUGACUGCUGCAAGCCUGUAUCAGUUCCUGAAAGAAAGCUGUGAUGUAUCCACAAAUGCAGAUGUGAGCGUGUUCCCAGCAUGUUCAGUGUCCGGUGCUCCAGGUGCAAAGAAAUGGUAUUUUGCAAGUCAUGUUAUAUGUGGUUAUUAUCAGUUUUGCAGUUCUGACUGGGAGGAAAUAAAUGUUGACACACAGAAGAAUGAAGACUCUCUCCAAACAAGCAUUGAUGAAUAUCUGGGAGCCAUACAAAACUUUGAGGAAGAUGAGAAUAACAGUCGAGAGUCGCUGUCUCUGACUGAUAUCUAUGAUGAAGCUGCUGAAAGUCUGCAUCAGUUAGCUGACAAACUGCCUGCCCCAGGCAGAGCCAUGGUGGAUGUAAUACUGCAGGCUGUUGAACAAGAUGGACCCAAGUUAAAAGAUUGUUUACCUGCUAUCGGUGCCCUGAAACACCUGAGAGAAUGGCACUCUGCACGGAUCACCAUUGCAGCAAGUGACACUAAAGGUAGCUGGCAAAAGAUUGCAGACUAUCUGUCAGCAGACUUGGUCUCUUCAGAUGAUGUCACAAAUACUAUUGAUUUAAAAGAACUCUGGAGAGGGAAGAUUCAGAUAUGGGAAAAAAAGUUUGGAUCAGGAGUUGACUUUCCAGAAUUCUGUAUAAAGAGCACUUCAGCGAAGACAUUCAGCACUGCACAUUUAAGUUCUUUCUUUGCUGUUAAAAAAGAGCAGCAAUCGAAGAAUACUGAUGCUGUGCCAGAAGUUUUUCAUUACUAUGGUCCUACGCUGGAAUUUUUACGGAUGGUGGUGCUCUCUGAUAUACCUCCCAUUUUUAUAUCAGAUCUGGAAUUUGAGCUGAGCCUGUCAAGAAAGAAUACCAAGGAGCCAUCUGCACUGCUUUUGGACCAGCUUUCUUUUCUCUCUGGGAAGGUGGGAGCUUUAUUUACAUUGCCAUGUAGUGUAAGCAGUGCAGUGAUCCCAUGUCCUGCCCAGCUGAGUACCAAGAAAUGGAAGGAAUACAUGGCUAGGAAACCUAAGGUCAUUACUGUUCCAGAAAUCGAGCUGAAAGGAGAAUCUUGCCGCUAUUAUUUCUUGCUACAAGGCAAUGGCUCUGGAGGAUGUAAAGCAACUUUGGUUCACUCGGCUAGCCAGAUCAAUGGGACAGCCACUCUUGCUGCAGUAAAUGGAAAGCUAAGGACACAAGCAGAAGAAACAGAGUCAAGCUUUCAUAUUGCUGACUUUAUCAAGUCUCUGCCAUGCUUUCGUGGAGAGGAGAUUGUACAGAGAGAAACAGAAGUGUCUCGUCUCCAAGUGUUUGCUUUGAAGGAAUAUCUCAGGAGAAAGGAAUUGACCAAGCAGCCUCCAGUUAUUUCUACUGAUGAGUUCAAAAGCUUAUUAGAACUUACAAGAGAAUGUUUUUUGGAUCUAUACAACACUAGUCUUCCUAAGCCUGUUCUACAGAAGGUUUCCAAUAAAACUAGGUCAUGCUCUGUGGCUUGUGGUAAGUAUCAUUAUUUUGAAAAUACACUUGAUUUAAUGGAACCAAAUCCAUUGGAGUGGCCAGAAAGACAUGUCCUUCAGAAUUUGGAAAAUUUUGAAAAAAACAAACAAAAAAUGAGAGUUUCUGUGUUUGCACAUUCAUCUGAGCAAUUGCUGGGGCACAAAGAUAGCCAGCGUGAGUCACUGACAUUGCUUGAUGCUAAAGAACUACUGAAGUAUUUCACACCAGAAGGAUUACCAGUUGGUGAUCUUCAGCCACUACAAAUUCCCAAGCGUGAAAACGCAUUUCUUUUGACACCAGAGCUUACCCCUCGGAAACUCAGAGGUUUGCCUUUUGAAAAAGCAGCUGGAUGCCAUUAUCAUGGACUUGAGUAUUGUCUAGAUAACAGAAGAUCCUUAGAGAGAGAUGUGGGGUAUGCUGAGCUUCAGACUCGACUUAUUCGCUAUGAAACUCAGACUACUUGCACCAAAGAGUGCUGCCCUGUGCCAGUUGUCUUGAGUCCUCUCCCGUCUCCCGCAGUCUUGUCAGAGCCUGGAAGUGUCCCUGAUGGAGAGACUUUACAAAGUGAAUUCAAAACAGAGACAUCAAGGCUAAAAUGCAGAUCAAAAGACUUGGAUUGCUUUCAUCCCAAGAAAAGGCUGACCAAAUCUGAGAGUACAGAUUCCCUUCUCUCCCAGGCGAGCGGGAGCAGUGGGAGUCACUGUGCAGCUGCUGUCACGAGGAAGCGCGCCGAGAGAUCAGUUGCGUUGGCCGCGAUGCCGUUGAGGCAGCCUGAGCAGCCCCACACAGUGACCACUCUGGCUGGCCCAGCCAGUCACAUAAAUGCUGCUGAAUCUGAGCCCUCAAAGCCUGCGAAGGAAUCGAGAUCCCAGAAACACACGAGGAUGCUGAAGGAGGUGGUUGCUAAGACUCUUCGAAAAUACGGCAUUGCAGAGGAUCACAAGUGCUUUGCAUCCUGCAGCCAGCGACUGUUUGAGAUAUCAAAGUUCUACUUAAAGGAUCUUAAAACUUCUAGAGGACUUCUUGAUGAAAUGAAGAAAACAGCUAAUAGCAAUGCUAAACAGGUGAUCGAAUGGGUUUUGGAGAAGACUGUCAUGUAG